CUUAUUCACAAAGCAGCACGAAGCUGUAUCGAAAACAGGAGAAACACGGCGCCAAAGGCUCAACCGCUACCCGCCGUAGCUAAACGCUUUAACUUCCCCAUCGUUUCACUGCAAGGAGAGCGAAUGGCAGGAAGAGGGGAAACAGUGAAAGAAGAGAAUGCAGAGGCAGAGGCUAUAAUCACAAGAAUCGAACACAAAUCUCGCAAGAUCGAAAGCCUACUCAAACAGGGUAGACCUGUCGAGGCUCUCAAAACGGUACUAGAAGGCUCGCCUCCCAAGACUCGAGACGAACGAUGCAAGUCAGCGAAUUGGAUCUUGGUGCAUAGAGCGCUAAUGGCAAUAAAAGAUGUGGAUGCAUUGUUCUCUGCUUUGGAUCCCGAGUACUAUGAUAUUCUGAUGAAGUACUUGUAUAGGGGAUUGUCUACUGGAGAUCGGCCCACAUGCGACCAGUGCCUGCGGAUACAUGAAAAAUUGACGGAGAAAGCUGGCAUGGGUUGCAUAUUGCGUUCCCUUGCAGACACUGUGAAUACCGUUUGACUGGAUCGUGUACACCAAAAGUUCAAAUUUAUACCGUUUGACUGGAUCGGGUACACCAGAUGUUCAAAUUUAUUCAUCUGUCAUAUAUAAUUUUGAACGAUGAUAGUGUGCAGGGACCAUCAGGGUUUUAUGUUCCAAAAGCUUUACCUUGCCUUGAAGCUUGUGAUUUGGUACCUGGUUUCUUAUUUCAUUUUUAUUCGAGUAAGUCAUUGUAUAGAUAUGUCUUAAA